AUGAAGAUACUGUUUUCUUACCUGUGGUUGUUGCUUCCAACUUGCUCAGCCUAUUUGCAUAUUGAAGAUCUUCGUAAGAUGGUUCUGAACAAUACCCAACGAAAACAACUACAAAUUUUAGCCAAGGAGGUUUUAAGGCCUCGUAGUGUAGUUCAACAAGAGGUUGCAUUAAUUGCAAACAACCAAACCGAAGAUGUCCAGAGAGUUUAUCAACUACUUGUGACUAUCGAAGGUUUACAAGAAGAAGCAACAUAUCAAUUGGAAAUGGUCGUUUUACGUAAUAUUGGAGCGUCUGAACGAAUUUUGAAUUUACGGCAACAGAUGAGAACAGUGGAAUUGGACGUGUCGCUCUCACGAAAGCAAUCUGCCGAAGUGAUCUUAGAAAUGAAAGACGAACUUCGGAGAGCAUUAACCAAAGCAAAUAGAUCUGUGUUGGAUCAGUUAGGAAUAACGCCGUAA